AUGUAUGGGAGCAAUCAACCACAGCUCCAACGUGCCACUGUCCCCGUGUGCCUGUGCCCAGCUGUCAGGGAUGUACAGGAGAUGUGCUCUAUUGCCUUGGAUCGCCAAAAUGUACAGGAAGAGCCUGAAAACCUUAUGUGUGAGUACAUUCCCCCUGGUGGAAGGGCUGCCAAGGCAAGAGGCCACAUAUUCCAAGCUCCUGAAGUACCCACAGAGGCAGAAAUCCCAGGGCCAGGGGUUGGGAGGCACUUCCCAGUGCUGUGAGCAAAUCCAACAUCCAAGUCCAGCAUCCCCAGGAACCUGCUCAAAUUGGGCAGACUGACUCUUUCUCAAGGUUUCAAGAAGAGGCUUCUGAAGAAGCUCCAGGCAGGAGUUCCCAACACAACUCCUGUCAAGGGGGUGUAUUCCAUGUGGGUUGGUGCUUCCGUGCUUGGCAGCUUAAGAGCAUUGAGGAAUGUGUGGAUUACCAGGGGAGACCAUAAUGAGGUUGGACCAACAGUGCUCCUGAGAAAAUGCUUUUGA